UUGAAAACUGCACUUCUCAACAAACGUCAAAUACAUCGGAUUCGAACUCUUAUCGCCUUUUCACAAGAGCUAAGGUAAACAAGUUCUCUUCCUAUAAUAUACAAGCUACUUCAGAAAUGAAUUUAUCUUCUUAGGUAACUCGAUUUAUAAUUGUACGUGUUUACACAAAGGAUUGAGGAAACUUUUAAAAGAUUACGGAAUUCAACUUUAGUUAUCAUGAGCGCAGCUUAUGUCGAUUAUACACUUUCAUAAACUCAAUUGUACAAACUUUGCACUUGUCUCAUUUGCCUAAGUCGCGUAACUACUUGAGAAGAGAAUAAAACGCAAGUCAGCGCACUGCGUAUCGAUUUCGCGUUGCGCCAACAACAAUUGAUGACAAUUAGCGCUCAUUGCCCUAAAACGCGUAAUACAAAUAGAAGACUUCCGGACGUAUUUCGCUUAUUAAAUCGCGCGCAACUUAGACAAUUUUGAUGCAAACAAAACUGCAUCCCAAAAUUACAACGGGCAAGCGAUGCAAAUAAUAUGUGGCGCGAACAUAUUAUACCGGUGAUACGAUGAAACCCAGCAUCCAAGACACGCGACUUUAAAAUAUGAUUGGUGUUUCCGAUUUGAAGUACGUGCUAAAUAUUGACUUAACAUGUUACCGAAAAUUCCAUUUAAAAAUUGUUUAGCACCACUAGAUGUGUGAAAAUUAUUAUUUCAUAUAUUAGCAUGGUUCACUUCGGCAGACAUUUGGCUGUAUUUACAACAAAUAUGGCAUCACAUCGCUGAUUAGCUCAUGACAAGAAGCUGAUUAUAAACAAGCGCACGCUCCUUGCGAUUUGUUUGAACAUAACAGCGACGCGGCGCGCGCACUAUUUUCUUACUAAAACACAAGUUUUAUAACAUGGGGUUGAAAAAACAAACAUUAGUCUGAUUGAUUUAACGAACUCAUUUCUUAACAGCAUGGCUGGGAUGCAUAAGAUACUCGUAGUUAUCGCGUUCGUCCGAACAGUGUACGCCUUAUCGUGCACAUCGUGUGAUAAGACAGCUUGUGCUGAACCCUUGAACUGCAAGGCUGGCUUGGUGAAAGGAUUAUGUGGUUGCUGCGAUGUCUGCGCAAAGUUAGAAAAUGAACGUUGCGGAGGUCCUUGGUAUAUUCAUGGCAAGUGCGACAAGGGAUUAACGUGCGUCACAAGAACACAGCGGGAAAACCGAGAUGGAUUUCUACCAGAAUAUUUUAAAACUGGCGUGUGUGAACCAGGUAAGAAAGCAUGUCUAAAAUGUUUAAAUAUUCAAUUCUUAUCCGGUAUGUCAAGGCGGAUUACGUACACUUAGUUAUAAAUUUCACUAUAGCAUCAACUGCAUGGCCUUCUGGCCAUAAAUCAGCGAGUGGAGAACAGAAUUUUAUAUCGCGCUUCUAAAAUAUUUCCGCAAUUAAAAUCUUACUCAUAAACAGAUUAUAUCCCAAAACGAUUUCUGAAUUCUUCACAAUCAGAUUUUGACAGGCAACCUGAUUAAAAGUUUGUUGUAAUAGCCAAAUAUAGCGCUCUCUUUAAAGGAUAACGGUUUGCCACUUUGCAUAUUAGACUUGGUGUUGUUGGUGAAAACUAGCUAUUUGUUUACUAAUAUUUAGAAAAAAAUAAUCUCUCGCUUUGUCAAAGACUGUGGAAAAUAGUUGCUGGUAAUGCGGAAGAAAGAAGACUGCGCACGUUUGAUUUGCACGAACAGUAUUGAAAAAAACUUCAAACUGCUAUUCAUGACUGCGUAAUAUUUCAUGCUGCAUAUGCAAGCCCCCAAACCGCACAGUCUGUUACAAUUUGGUUAAUUUGGGCUAAUUGUAAAAUUCAUUCAUAGGCUAUAUACAAAACAGAAUAUUUAAGAAUAACUUAAAGCUGUGCAGUUUCCGUGCUUAGGCUGCACGCUCCAAGCUGUUCAUUUCCUUGCAGAAGUCAAUUUUCCGCCUUCCACAGUUGCUCAAUAACGAGGUGUAAAUCUGUUAAAUGGUAAUGUACAAUCUUUUUGGGCAGAAAUGCGUUAUCGUUUUGGAACGAACCCGUAAAUGUUUGCGCGUAUCAUCGUUAAAUUUCUGAUCUCUUCCAAAUGGCGUUAAUUAAACAAAUUUGUUGUCAUUUAUUUUUAACUAUUGUCGAUUGAGACAAGCAUGUAGGUAAUUCUAUGUUGAUUAAUCAAUUAUUGGAUUUAACCAGCGAUUUAAGGGGUGCCCAAAAAUCGCGGCGAGGAAAGCAUGUCAGGAUUGUGCAAGCUCAUUGCGGCGGUUUUCAAAGACAAUUGUAAAUACGAUCUCAAAGACGAUUCGUUGAUCUGUGAAUGAUGAAAUAAAAACACGCUCAAUUUACGCGUUUAAGUUUGAUUGAAUUUAUGGUGAAAUAUCGAGACUGCAUCCGCGAUGAUCUAAAAUUGCCGGCAAACAAGUGUGGAUUGACCCGAGGAAAAGUAUCUUGAGAUAUUAAGAGGGAAUCGAAUGACAUGUUGAUAGCAAAACUCAAUAUAGGAGUAUAUCAUGCAGUGUUAUAUAGUUCCGCUUAGUAUGCUUUUAUGCUUCAUUGAAGUGUGAAUCACUCUAUUGAGCUCAAUUGUAUAUAAACUUGUUUGCAAUCCCAAAUAUUUAACCACUGUGUGAAAUUUCUGAAAUAUUUUAUUUAAUUAUUAAUUGUUCUCUCGCAGGAGGUUAUUCUGACACUUCAUACAAGUAGAUGGUGUUUUAAACUAACUUUUUUAAUAUCGACUUCGAUAACAUUUUUACAAGUUCAAGUGUCAACGGCGUCACACAACCCAUAUAUAGACAUAGUAAUUAAUCUCUACAUGUUUAGAACAUUCGGCGAAUACUAUGUUUUAUGUAUUUAUUUAUUGCCCAAUGUGAAUCGUUGUUACAGCUUGUCAAUCCUGCCCUAAAAUAAUGUCCCAAUAUAAAACUACUUCUUUACGUAUACUAUUUAAAUUUCACAAAAAGUUUUCAAAAGAUUUUUCUUGAACAGUAUAUAUACCUGCCAAAAUUUGAGACUCGAUUUGAGAUUUUCAUGAGUGUUUCUUGAAUUCCAGAAUUAUUCGGAAUUAAGAUGUUUUUCAGCCUAUUUGGCUAUUAUUUGUGCCAAUAAAUUAUAGUGUGUAUACUACUAUACCAUCCCGAACGGUGACAUGUAGAGACAAAAACAGACAGAUGUGGUGCGAAAAGAUGUACAGUAUAACUACUUCCUAAAAUAUAAGCUGAACUUCGACAUGCACUGUUUCGAGCGGACUCUCGAAUGAUAAAAUAAAAAAACGUGCUCAAUUUACACGUUUAAAUUUAGUUUAAUUUGUGCAUGGUAAAAUAUGGUGAAACAUCCGCGCGACGAUCUGCUGAUAAUUGCCAAUUAGCGCUUGAAACGUUUCACCUUCGCCCGAAUCGUCGAAGGUUUGCUAUAUAUAUCCUUUCACAACGCAGCUGACUGUAGCUAAUUUCUGGCCAUAGGUAUAGUUUAUAGAAAGAACCACGGAUUUACAGUAAAUGAAAUUUUUGGCUUUAUUUGUGGAAUUGAAACGAUUUAAUGCAUGCAUGCCUGUAAUAGUAACACGGUUUGAAUUAUAAUCUUUACAAAAAAAUAAUGAUUUGAAGUUCGAUGACGUGGGUGUCAUGCAUGAGGACCAUGAGGGCAAGCCUGUUUAAAAUUGUGACAGGAGAGAAGAAGGACAUGCAGCUAGUGGAACUUGUAACUCAAGAAGACAAUAAAGCACUUCAUGAUCAUUUUUUUUUACUCGUCAGGCAAUUGCUAUGCAAAGUGUUCAUUUUUUUGUUAUAGCUGCUAACCUAAGAGUUUUAUAUUAUACUUCCCAUUUUGAGCUAUUUUGGAAUUAGUCGGGUUAUGAGCACGCUUCGAUGAAAUUCCCAACCUUUUAAUUGUUAUGAUCAUACAUGUUCAUCUGCACCACACGCUUGCUGAUAUUUCCAACAUAUCUGAAUAUUUUACUCCGUUUGAGAAUAAGUGAUUAAUGGUCGUAUGAUUAAGCUGGUAGUUUAUGCAUGCCUAGGUGGUCGCCGAACCUAAUCGAAUAUAGUGGAUCUUCUUUUUGAUUACACAUACAUUUGCAUGUUCCAACAUGAUAUAUAAUAAGAUUAGCUUUCUAACACCGAAAACUCUCAAUUGCUUGGAUUUUUCUCCAUCUUAUGCCGCCUUUCUGAAUAUGUUUAAUCCUAUAGUCUUAAUUAUGUUCAGCUCUUUUUUACUCAUACCGAAAAAUACUUUAACACUGUUGAUUUAAUGCGCCUUUACUAAGCGAAUAACACUUCUAUUAAUUACCAUUUAUGGCUUGUCUUGCGGUGCUUAAUCUCUCUGGCUGAGAGUGAACGGCGCUUUUUAUACCGUGCAAAGCCACUUGAGAAAAUUGAAAAACACAGGAAACUUUUGGCAUUGCUAACCGAUCUAACGUGAUAUGUAAUUUGGACAUAAUCAGGUUUGGUGAUAAGUUUUCGAAUUUAAGUGAUAAUGCAAACAGAUUCGAUCGAGUUUACAGAAUGUCUUUGUGUCUGAAGCAUCAUCACAUACAUCGUUCUGUAACAUCAUUUAUGAAAUCCCCAAAUCACGCCCCUUGUAUAAAAGGUUUUCGGUGACAAGCAAUUUGCAUAUAGUACGGAUUUACUUCGACUGUAUAGUGAACGAUUUUUUAUAUGGCAAGUACACUGUUCAAAGCUAUAGUAUAUAAAGCUAGCAUACCAGCUUUUGAACAAGUGCAUUUGAUAUAGAAAAAUAUGGCAAAGUACAAAUGUUGCUUGCAUGUCUGUAUGGGUCCACAAAGAAAACUAAUUUUGACAAAGUAAUUUGAGCGCGUGAACAGCGAUAUUUUAAUGGUGUAUGGUGAUUUGUUGGCGUCUAUUAAUAUAAGCCCCACCCCCUUCCGAAAGAAAAAGAAUACUCCGCCCUUUUUGAGUUAAAUUGAUGGAUAUUGCUGUCUUUGAUAUUUCCACUCUGCAUGCAUGCAUGCAUGCUUUGGUUGAGAUUUUACCCUAAAAUUUCAGCUUCGAAUUUACUCUCAUUUGCAUUUUGCAUUUAAAUAUGAAGGAAUAUCGUGCACAAAAACAAAGAGUAACAAGUGAUGUAAAAGUGCACGAUGUGAAUCAGCUCAGCAUAUACUAACAAGGAGUAAGGAGGUCUUUUGUGCCUUGAAUUAUUUUUGGAAAGUGUGUGGGGGGGGGUUAUCAUGUUAUUGACAGGAAUGUUUGUAUCUCUAUUUUCCCAGUUGUCCUUUCCAGUUGGUAUAGUUUUUGUACAAAAGAAAAUAGAUUUAAAAUAGAGAUUUACCCCUCUUUUUAUACAUCCAUGCAUGUAUAUGGAUUGUGUCCCUUGCCAUAAGUUUGUUAUCUUCACUCCCAGCUUAAAUUAGAAUAUUCUUUGAUGUUAUUUCCGGGAUUAUCGUGACUGCAAGUUUAAUCCACAAGCAUGUCCUGAAGAGUACCACACUCGCGUGGCGAGCAUACCUACUCGCACAUGUCGAGUCUAUUCACCUUGAUUUGUUUAUUUAUGAUCCGAGAAUAUGCUGUUAUGCAUAUUUCAUGACGAUUUAUUAACACCAUUAAUCGUUUCAUAGACGAGUUAUUGACCUAAUAAAGGUGUUAAUUACAUACUAUUCUUGUACAUUUUCUCUUUUCAUGGCAAUUAAAUCAAACAUCAGCAAAUUUCGAAGAGUUUGGUUGUAAUGUAGUCUAACUUUAUUCCUUUAAGCCCUUUAAUCAUACAAGUUGACUUACUAACCCUUGAACCCUUACCAUCCCUUAAAUCAAAGAGCGACUAAGAUAUCAAAUCGUCAUUCUUCAAGGUCAUUCUAUAAAUGGUUUGCCGUUGCUAAAUUUUGCUGCAAGAUUUAACUUCCUUAUUAGCAUCCUUGAAUAAUUUUCACUUGAGAGCGUUAUCAGAAGGAAAUGCAACCAAAUAUUAUUCUUAAUAACAUGAUAAUUAUCGCUUAUCUUAGUGUUACACAUGCCUCUUUUUGUCAGCACCCCUUCCUGCUGGCUUCCUGAUAUUUUCAUGUUGGUUUUCUUCACAGAAUAAAUAACAUCAGAAUAAGCUAAACGAAUAUCCCUGAUUUGUUAAAGUUAGGUUACGUUAAUAUUAUAAGUUUGUUGCUGGAAAUCCCUGAUUGUGUAUUGCGGACAACGGAAAACGUACUGCGGAUUCGCAUGCGGCUUGGUCUGUUGAAAGUAUUAGUAUUGACUAUUGAUAUUAGUAACAGAAUUAGUAUCAUGCAUAUUAUGGGCAAAGGGUGAUUUUCGGCGGAUGAAUUAUUUUAAAAAUGCUAAUAGAAAUGAAGACUUCGACGUUUUCAAUUUCAGUUGUGUGAUUUUUUUAUUUUAGUGUAGAUUUUAUGCUAAGUAGUAGAUAUAAUCGUAUUCUCAUACUUGAAAAUAUUUCUUUCUACUGUGAAACAAUAUACUGACUGUAAGACAUUAAUAGGAAAAGUACAGUCCAAUUAUAGGCUACAUCUAAUAUAUUGUAAGCAAAUAUAAACUUUACUAAUACCAUGUUGUCAGUGAAAAGCCCUUUUUAGGGAGUUGCCACUACAAAAAUGUAUGCGUAUGUAUCUAUUAUUCUUUUUGUCAAAAAGGAAGAUAUCUUAUAUUAAAUAUCUAAGCUUUGGAUAGCGCUUACUUUCAUUUUAAGUUUUAACAUGACAGUAUAACAUGACAGGCAGCAGGGCAAACUAUCUCUGAAACAGUAAACUGAACUCACACAGGGUACCAAAAGAAAGAUUAAGAAGGAUUGGAAAACAUAACUUUAAUUUUUUUGCUAAUUGGAUUGUAUUUCGGAAGCCUCUCACAAGUAUUGAGAGUAUAUUUUGGCAUUAGACAUCACCAAACCAGGAAUAUACUAGUCCCUGUUUUGCAAAACAGACACUGCUCUCAUAAAAUGAUCAUUGCCGACAUCCGGCUGAAAAAUCAUUUCCGCUGGCAAAUGUUUAUAAUGAAAAUAUUUGUUGGACAUUCUACAGGUCUUGUAAAAGUGUUUAGUUAUACUUUAUUCAAUAAUCUUGCUCUUUGACGUUGAGAACCAUAGUCAUAGAAGCCCAACAUAUCAGAUAAAAAAUAGAAUAAAAUGUAGAGAAAAGCAACGCAAUGUCAUCUAUAUUGUACUUUUCGCGGAAUCGGAGUUCGAAAUUUUGUAGUUUUUAGUUUUGACCUUCUGAGGACAUCCAUGAAAGAGCUGAAUUAACUGCUUCCCAUGCAUGCAACAACUUUAAAUUGCUUCGAUUAAAUUUCUAGAUUUUUGAGGUAGUUCAGAUACCAUGAUACCACAACUUAUUAAAGUAAUUGUCUUGAAUUGUGGAAUUCAGUUACAACUCACAUCUGCAAUAUUUAGAAGAUCCUAUAAUAUCUAGAAGUGCAGUACUGAUAUUUCUUUUCAAAACAAAAGCUCAAUUUUAAUGGACUUUAUUGUUUAAAGAAAUGGUCAACGUCUACAUAAGACAGUUCACGUUUCCUGGCUAGACAUGGCAUUUUGUACCUUUGACGGUAGCAUAUAAACCUACGUAGAUAAAACGUUUGUCUGUAUGGGAUAUUUCAUCUCGUCUUAGAUAGAAUCCGGCAGUAAUGCUAGAGAAGUUAUGUUAAACCAAACAUGGAGAUCCUGUGUAGCGUCAGCAAUAUUUAAACCAAACAUGGAGAUCCUGUGCAGCUAUACUCCUAUAGUAUUAUGAUAAUAGAUUACGUAGUAAACUGAGAUUGAUUAAAUUCUGAAUCUUAUUUUAGUGAAUAAUGGCGUUCAAAGAUGAUGAAUAUACAUUUUUUAUUUUCCCGCCAUGUUGGAUGACUCGAAUUUGUCGCCCAAAAAAAGUAAUGCAUUUAAUACGUACUAGUUAAAAUAUGAGCAGCUGACCUUUAUGAGCAUUUACAAUUACAAUGUAAAUGCCCACAAAGGCCAAAUGCAAAUAUUUUAACGUUGCUACUUGCAAAAUGUAUUUAUUUGUUUACUUUAUAGUAUUCACUGCCCAUGGCCAUGGGGACAAUUUCACACUUCAUUAGCAUGCAUUUAAGAUCUGAAUUAGCAUUGAUAACUUUCAUAAACAUCCCUGCUUCUGAAUUACUGCAGUAUUCAUAACUUUCAUAAACAUUCCUCUAACUUGGCUUUCUGUCUGAUCUUUAAUGCGGUUUACAAGUGUGCAUAUGUGACCCGAAUACCGCGUCUGAUUUGUUUUUAGUCAUUAAUUAUUCAUUUAUACUGAUUACUGUCAAAAAUCAAAUUAUUCCUAAGACUCCUAAAGUUUGUUUAUACCGCGUAAUAUUCUUGAGGUUUGAAUUUUAAAUGAUGCGUCUGCGUUUGUAGAAAAUAUCGAACAUGCAUAAAACAGUUAUGUUAGUCACAUGACUAGUUCGAAUAUAGCCAUUUUCCUUUUAAUACUAUACAUGUAAAGUUUGAAACUAAAAUUUAUAGUGCAAGUAUAUAUUACUCUAUCUUGAAAGAAAUGGAAGAAGUAUAGAUAUUCCAUGAUUUGAAAUGGUAGAAAUGAAGUUAAUAGCCAAAAGCAGUUGCCAUAGAUUUCAUCAUUCUACAAACAUGAGCGCUGGCAUUAGAUAACAAUUCCAAGUUUCUUGCACGAGUAGUCGGGGCAACUAAUGCUUAACUGACGUCCAUGCAACACUGGCACAUGGUCACUUGUUUAUUAUUUGCAUGAAAAAAUACAGAUUUUACUCACUAUGCCUUUCAAAACGCACUAUAUACUGUUCUUUCAUUUGAAAGCAUGCAUUAAUUCUGUAUACUCAGUGCGUUCAUUUCCAAUUAUUAAUGUCGUGGACUUGUGAUAAAGCUCUUGAAAUUGUGAAAAUCAAAGACAAAGUUCAGACUCCUGUCACAGAAUCAAGACACACAGAAGGUCGACUAAGCCAAAAUAGCGUAACCGCUGCCACGCCAUGAUUCGUCAUCAAAAUGUUUUAAAUUGGGAAAGUGACUCGAACAAUAGAGUAAAUUGGGAAUUGCUAUUGGUGAUUUGGCAAAAAUACAAUCAAAUUUCAGUCAUUUUGUCAUGUAAAUAAUAACUAAUAGAAUACUAACUCAAAUAGUUUUACAUUACUUAUAAUUAAUUUAUACUUCACUAGAUGCCUGUAAAAAUAUAGAGUGUGGAUUCCGCCAGAAGUGUAAGAUCAAAAGACAUGGUAGACCUGUCUGUAUCUGUCCUCGGAGAUGUGGCAAGGCAAGAUUUCCAGUAUGUGGAUUACUUAAUGGUAAACAGUACAAAAAUAAAUGCAGGCUUCAACGGGAAGAGUGUUUGACUGAAACAGAAAUUGGCUUG